UGUCCUGCCCAAAGUUUAGAUCCGACUGGAGCAAAAGUUUUUUUCUAGAAAGUGAGCUGCGGGGAUUUGUUGUGCGAACUAUGAGUCUUUCCUGUAAAAAUCCUCACUAACAGUUUCUACUCGACACAAACAGAAAAAGUUGGACUUUUCCAACCAGGCGCUUGUUGUUUUUUCGUCUUUUGAGGCUACUGCCCCUGCCUUUUUUUUUUCUUUGGAAAAGUUGGGGCCGGACAACAACAUAGAUUCCUGUGUGGAGGAGAAAUGCGCUUUGUUACUUUGACAAGCAUGCCAGCAGAAAACGAGAGGAAAACGCUGUCUUUUACUGCAGAUUUCGACAGCUAACACACUUUUGGAGAGUGAAAAAGUUCGACUUUGUUCAAUUUUAAUAUGACUCGGGAUAACUUUUUCUAAGUGUCGUCGAUAUUCCCUGAUUUCCUGCCUGUGUGAAAAAAAGUUGGGGAUUGGCGCAAACUUCUUUUUCUGAGUAUUUUUUUCGGACGCGUGAGGUUUGCCGACACUUUUGGGGACAAUGGAUCCGAGCCAGCACAACCCUCCUGCCGGACACCAGAUCGUCCACGUACGGGGAGACUCCGAGACUGACCUGGAGACGCUGUUUAACGCCGUGAUGAACCCCAAAAGCACCAUCGUGCCCCCUUCAGUACCCAUGAGGAUGAGGAAGCUGCCAGACUCCUUCUUCAAACCUCCUGAACCAAAGUCCCAUUCCAGACAAGCCAGCACUGAUGCUGGGAGCGGCGGAGCGCUCACGCCCCACCAUGUCCGAGCCCACUCAUCCCCAGCCUCCCUGCAGUUGGGAGCUGUUUCUGGUGGCUCCCUGUCUGGCAUGUCCCCAGCAGGUGCUUCCCCUCAACAUCUCCGUCAGUCUUCUUAUGAGAUUCCUGAUGACAUGCCGCUGCCUGCAGGGUGGGAAAUGGCCAAGACUGCCUCCGGCCAGAGAUACUUUCUCAACCACAUCGAUCAAACCACCACUUGGCAGGAUCCUCGUAAGGCCCUGCUCCAGAUGAACCAGACGGCCCCGACAAGCUCUGUACCGGUGCAGCAACAGAACCUCAUGAAUCCAGCCAGCGGUCCUCUCCCUGAUGGCUGGGAACAAGCAAUUACAUCAGAAGGAGAAAUUUACUACAUCAACCACAAGAACAAAACCACAUCCUGGCUUGACCCACGACUUGACCCGCGCUAUGCCCUGAACCAGCAGAGGAUUUCCCAGAGUGCUCCAGUGAAGCAGGGAGGCCAGCUCGCUCCCCCCAGCCACAGCGGGGUCAUGGGAGGCAACAACCAGAUGAGACUGCAGCAGAUGGAGAAGGAAAGGCUGAGGCUGAAGCAACAGGAGCUGCUUCGGCAGAGACCACAGGAGCUCGCUCUGAGGAAUCAGCUGCCUACAAGUAUGGAUCAAGAUGGCAGCACGAACCCCGUGUCCUCCCCAAUGGCCCAAGAUGCCCGGACCAUGACUGCCAACAGCUCCGACCCAUUCCUCAACAGCGGGACCUACCACUCCAGAGAUGAGAGCACAGACAGCGGCCUGAGUAUGAGCAGCUACAGCGUCCCCCGCACUCCAGAUGACUUCCUCAACAGCGUGGAUGAGAUGGACACAGGUGACCCUCUCCCACCCUCCAUGGCCACACAGCCUAGCCGCUUCCCCGACUACCUGGAUGCCAUCCCAGGAACAGACGUGGACCUGGGCACCCUGGAGGGUGAGAGCAUGGCGGUUGAGGGUGAAGAGCUGAUGCCCAGCCUGCAGGAGGCCCUGAGCUCCGACAUCCUCAACGACAUGGAGUCUGUGCUGGCAGCUACCAAGAUCGACAAGGAGAGCUUCCUCACAUGGUUAUAGAGACCUGAGCUCGCCACUGCUCCGCCUACACUCUGAACUGCUGCCUGCUCUGAUCUGUGAAGGAUUCAUAGAUGCUUUUACAAGACAUUUCAGCAAGCGUCUUUGGACUUCUGUCUCUGUCUCGGCGCGUAAUGCCGACCUCCGUUUUGAGGCAGUGUUUUUUCCUGUUCUUCUCACUGGUGUGUUAUCUCUUUAUUUUGUCUGUGUCUUCAAGGCUGGCCCAUGAACAGACAAUUACGCAAGGGUCCCCAAAUCUUUCACAGGUCUGUCAGUGAAUCUAGGGCAUGUUUACCAUCAUCUUCCCCUGGUCUUCCCUCAUAACUGAGCUUGGCUGGUGCAUGCGCUCUUCUGCAAGGACUGCCGCCAUCAGCUAUCGCCUGGAGUCUCUGGUGCCUCUUCCUCUUGCAUUUUAGCGCAGUACUUCACUGAAUAUGGGACUAUUGCAACUAGCUUAAGUAGCUUUAUAUUUGGCCUUGUUCGUUUGUAUUCUAUCUUUCUUUUUUGUUGUUUUCAACGAGCCUGAGAAACCAAAAAUGAUGUAUUAGAAGCAUAAAGAACAAUACUGAUUUGGAGUAAAGGUAAUGUUAGGCCCAGUUUGGAAAUGUUGGCUUUGCUGGGGGUGUUUUUUUUUGGGGGGGGGGUUGGAACCUGGGGACCGACUACAGUGCUGCUUGGCUGUGCCAGCAAGUCUAAGUUAAACCUUUGAUAGAUCAAGUGCCUUCAGUUGUAUUUUUUGGGACGUGAGCGACACGAACAAGUUUUUGUAAAGCAGCAAUAAGCAUUAGGCUGUACUCAUUUUAAUCAGCCACUCUCCUCUAUAUUAUGUUCAAUAAUCAAACUGUAUUGUUGUUUUAUAAACACAUUAUAAGGGGAUUUAGGGUUUCUGUUUGUUUUUUAACCCUAGCUUCUUUGUAUCUCAGUCUUAUUCAAGCCUAAUUCAUGAUUCAUUCUUUGUUUUAUCAUCUUAGUAUUCUUUUAUUUUUAGGUUACUACGUAUGUAUGAUAGCUUAGAUCAAAUGGCAUUUUGCUUGUUUUUAUCUUCUUUCAUAGAUGAAUUUAUACAUUUUUAACAUGGUCGACUGUUAUCACAGCAUGUCACUUCAUCCAGAUGGAGUCUGCCAAGACACGGAUUGAUUCAGUUUUGGCUUUUGUAACCAUUUAGCUGAUUCUCUGAUUUACUUUAUACAUUUUAAGUGUUACUGUGUAUUUGUUGAUCACAUGCAGCUUUUACUAUUUUCCUAAACAUUAACCAAAAAGGCAGAUCUCUUGGCUAAACAGAAACUAUAUAGCUCUGUGAUCAUUAAACAUUGAAGCGGUCUUCCUGUAGAGGGAGAUUCCCGGUGCUGUGCUGGGUGUUUGACUUUAAGAGUUUAUAGACUAGACUUGGACAGGUUUAAGCAGGUUAAAGAGUCAUGUCGAGGGAUGUUAAAGGCCAGGGUUUGACUGAUGCUGGUGAGUUGUGCAGAUUGAUGGUGAUUUUUUUUUUUUUUGUGAAAUAAUCAAGAAACAAUCAGUUACUAUCUCAGUCAGGAAUUGUUGUGGCGGAUUCCAAAGAUGUUUUUUUUGUAAUAACACUAAUUUUUCAUUUUCCAUUCACACAGAGUCCAGAAACGGUAUGAUCUGUAAAUCAGCCUGUGUAUGAACAAACUGUAUAAGCUAAUGAGAACAUGAUGUUGGUUUUAAGUGUUAAUGGACAUGUCUGAAUAGGUUUAGCUGAGAAAUUCUUCUUUUAUUUUGAGACAAGAUGGUUGUUUUGAGUGACUAACCCUGAGAUUUAAGGAUGAGGUUUCACAACAAACACUCACAUGUUUACAUUCUCUCUGAGUAAUAAACUGCAACAGCCAUGGUGACAAUUCUCUCACAAUCACAUUAUUAUGAUGUUUACAGCACGACUACAUCUUAGCAGUAUGUACGUUUACAUGCAGAAUUAAGUCGAGCUACGGUUAUAGCUUGCUGCACCCUUUCAGCUAGUUACUUACUUCUGUUAGACCUAGAUAACAAGCCACCAAUUUGUAAACUGGUUGUAUGUCAAAUGGUGGAUAGUCUUUGUAUAAAUAAAUAUAGGGAUGAUGCCUUCUAGUGAUUAACAAGAAAUUGCACUUCUUUACAGAUGGAUAAACCUGAUAGAAAUUGCCUGUAGCCAUGGAGGAGAGGACAAUUUUCUCAGUUUUUUCACCAUUUAGCUUGGAAUUAACCCUGCAAAGUGAAUGGAUAUGUCAGACCCUAUCUCUGUCAGCAGGCAAAUUCAUCUUAGAAAGCUCCUAUCUGAAAAGUUUGUGCUAAACCGAAAUCGGUUUAAUCAGUGUCAUUUAAGGAGAACGAGGCAGUAGCUACCGGAGGGUUUAAGUUCGCAAUUAGCUCGGAUGUAGCUAUAGUAUAGCGGCAGUCCUGACAUGACUGCCGCUAUACUAUAGAGAGGAAGCAGAAAAACAGGAAGUGAUGCCACUCACACUGUGUCAGUGGCAUCCAGAACUAAGCGUCUACUGGCUAGUACUCAUAACAUCUAGCCAAUCAGAUUGUGUUGUCUACAGGACAUUUGGUGAGAUUGUGGGGAGCGAAAGUUAAGCCAGAGGGGUAGACACACAUUGCAGUGGAGACAAAGUAGUGCACUUUUUGAUUGAUAUAUUAUUGUGAAUUUCGGGAAAAUAAAACAGCAACACAGAUAAUCAGUCAAAUGUCAAAUACCAGGCUCAAAAAUCAGUCUAGCCAAUAUUCAUAAUUGGUUGACCCCUAUAUAUUGCAUCAGCGUUUGUACCAAAGCUGCGCAUGGGCACAACCUCAAUUUGUCUCGUGGUUCUGAUUGGCCUGUAAUGAAUGUGACAGACAGAAAAUUCAUCCAAUCACCUAUUGAGAGUUUUUCAUAAAGUCCUGCCCUUCCCAAACACUUUCUCCGGGAGGUUUCCCAGAUUAUGGGGAAAUAUAUCCAUGUAUAUACUGAGGCAUAUACAUGCAACUCGAUCUCCAACUGCAUUAGAGAAACUUUGUUAAUUGUGACUUCAGUUGGACUAGCUUGCUCUAAAGCAUUUUAAAAGUCCAGCUUUAUUGGGACUCAGACAAACGCCAUAAUUCGACUUUUUCUCUGCAUGUAAACGUCCUGACUGCAGUAGCAGUUGGAUGAUCACUCCUGCAGGUUGUCACACUGAUUCUGUUGCCUGCCAAUUCUUCAUUGGUGGAAUUGGCUUGAUGGAACAAUGUUUUCUAGAUCUGAGAACAUGAACAAUUUUGAUAUCCUGUGUGAGAAACCUCUUCAGUUUUGAUUUUAUUGAUCAUAAAAUCAUGUGUUAUUGAUGGAUUUCAGGUGGAUAAACAGUGUUGGUGAGAACAAUGCAACUAAAAUGAGUGGUACACUACAGUGCUUGUAUUGCACGGCUACAGAGUUUUCAUUUUGAUGCAAUGUCACACAAACCUGAUUUUAUGCUAACUUAGUGUGUAAUUGUCAGAGCAUAUUAGCUGUUGACUGUCAUCGUAGCAGUAGAACUAAUCACACGAGUUAAAGGAUUUUUGUAUUUAGAGUUUUCUAAAUGCACAUGAAAUGAAUUUAUAUUCAGUAAUGAUCUGUUCAUUUUUGAUAGAUAUGUGCAUGUGUUUUAGAGCAAUAAAUUCUGUUACAUUAUAUCUUGCUUCAUAUCAUACUUUGAAAUUGGCCUGAAAUAAAGUAUAUUCUUUG